AUGGGAAUUUGUAAAUGUAGUAAACAUUUAGUAGGCAAAGUUGUGAUAAUUACUGGUGGGAAUACCGGUAUCGGUUUCGAAACCGCAAAGGAUUUAGCAGCAAGAGGGGCACGAGUAAUCCUCGCCUGCAGAAGCGAGGAGCGCGGUACCGACGCCAGGGAUAGAAUAAUCAAAGCCACCGAUAACAACAACAUUCACUACAGACACUUGGACUUGGCAUCACUGAGCUCCGUUAGAAAGUUCGCCGAGGAAUUCUUGCAGAAUGAGAAUCGUUUAGAUAUCCUUAUAAACAACGCAGGUGUAUUUGGCUCUGAUAACGUGAAGACCGAAGAUGGACUGCUAUUAGGAAUGCAAACCAAUCAUUUCGGACCGUUUCUGCUGACUGUGCUACUAUUGCCGCUGCUAAAGUCUAGUAGUCCGAGUCGUAUCAUAAACGUCUCUUCCAUCGCGCACCGUGACGGCUUCAUAGAUUUUCAAAAUAUGAAUGGCGAGAAAGAAACAGAGAAGACAAUUAAUAAGCGAUAUGUUUAUAGCAAUUCUAAACUGUGUAAUAUUCUUAUGGCGUCCGAAUUGAGCAAUCGCCUUCAAGGUACUGGAGUGACCGCGAACAGCUUGCAUCCGGGCAUAGUAAAGACAGAAAUUCUGCACGACAUUAAUAUUCCAUUAUUCCAAUGGCUGCUGCCGUUAAUUAAACUAUGCUCGAAGAAUCCGUGGGAAGGUGCGCAGACGACGAUAUAUCUCGCCGUUUCACCAGAAGUGAGUGAUGUGUCGGGAAAGUAUUUCGCUGACUGUCAUAUUAAGAAUGUUAGUGCGAGCCAAGGCCACGACACCCAAGUAGCGCGUAAACUUUGGGAAAUAUCAGAGAGAUAUGUCGGUUUGAAUCAAGACAAGGUGGAUGAAAAAAACAGCAAAAUCCAAAAGUGCACGAUUAACACGCGUAUUAUAUUACAU